GGCUCCAGCAACUGUGCUGCCCGCGGCUCUGAGGACGUUUGAGCCGCGCUCUGCCGGGUGGUGGAUCUGGCCGCGUCGGAACUUAGUGGAAGGGCUUGUCUGCGUUCUUUCGAGUCGCUUGUUUCUUCCGGAUCUUUCGAAAGAGAAGACACAGGUCUGGGAGCCAAGGAGCAGAAGCAGGAAUAACCACACUUACCAUCGCUUCUGAUGACCACCUGGAGGCCGUGUGCUCUUGUCUCCACACUUUGUACUCUGAGGUCUGUUCCUCACAGGAAGCGCACCUUUGUCCUUCGGCACAACAGGAAUCCCACUGAAUUAUAAGGAGCUGAUUCCUGAUAAGUAUCUCACACCCCAAACUCUGUCUCACAUCUGCUUCAGGAGAAUCCAAACUGUUGACAGCAUUUCUGCUUAGAGAAAAUAAUUUGAUCACAGAACAACUUGUGAAUGAAAGGAAGCGUUUUGAGGUUAAAAAUUAAAUUUCAAAAGAAUAUCUGGGGUGCAGAAGAGUCCACAGCAGAGAUACAGACCCUGAUUGUCUCCAACAUGAAGUUUGCUCAUGCUGUUCUGUUACUUUUGUGCUUCUGCUUAAGUUUUUGUGAGUCCACUUCAACAUCAGACACAUUUCAAGAGGAUCUCGUGGAGAAAAAGUGCUUAACUGAAAAAUACACAUGUCUCUCCUGCAAUAAAGUCUUCUGCCAACCAUGGCAGAAAUGCAUCGAUGGGACCUGUAUUUGUAAACUUCCUUAUCAGUGCCCAAAGAAUGGUACCAGGGUGUGUUCAGUUAAUGGGAAAAGCUACCCAACUUACUGUCAGCAAAAGAGUUUUGAAUGUCUUCGUCCAGAGGCAAAGUUUUUAAAAACGGGAGCAUGCACAGGUGAAGAACAAUUUAGUGUUUCCUUGGAGAAUGAAAAAGGACAUUCAGAAGGAAUUGUUGAAGUAAAACUUAUAGACCAAGAUAAAAAAAUGUUUGUGUGUGGAAAAAGCUGGAGCAUUACACAGGCCAACGUGGCCUGCCUUGACCUUGGAUUUCAACUAGGUGCUCUUGAUACUCAAAGGAGAGAUCCUCAUACAAAUUCCACUGAAUGUCUACAUGUGCAUUGUCGAGGAUUUGAGACCAGUUUGGCUGAAUGUACUUUUACUAAGGGACUAACUAGCAGUUCCGAGGGUUUGGCUGGUGUGGUGUGUUACACAGGGAGUGCAGUUUCUCCAACAAACGACUCCUUUCCAUGUGUGAAUGGGAAACUCAUUCCUCAGAAGAAGGCCUGUGAUGGUGUCAAUGAUUGUGGAGACCAGAGUGACGAGUUGUGCUGUAAAGAGUGCCGAGGUGAAAGUUUUUUCUGUAAAUCGGGUGUUUGUAUUCCAAAGCAGUAUAAGUGCAAUGGCGAGGUGGACUGCAUUACUGGAGAAGAUGAAAUUGAUUGUGAAGGAACUGGACAUCCUGAAAUUAAAGGUGCUUUACAUACGGCUCAAGAAGAAACAGAAAUGUUGACUGCUGAUAUGGAUGCAGAAAGAAAACGGAUAAAAUCGUUUUUCCCUAAACUAUCCUGUGGAGUUAAAAACAGCAUGCACAUUCGAAGGAAACGAGUCAUAGGAGGAAAGCCGGCAAAAGUGGGAGACUUCCCAUGGCAGGUGGCAAUUAAGGAAGAUGAGAAAAUCAACUGUGGAGGAAUUUAUAUCGGUGGCUGUUGGAUUCUGACUGCUGCACAUUGUGUCAGAAUCAGCAAAAUUCGUCGUUACCAGAUAUGGACAUCAUUUACAGACUUGAUAAAACCUGACUCUCAGAUAGCUGUUCAGUUGGUAAAUCAAAUUAUUAUCCACGAUAAGUACAGUGGAGCCACCUACCAAAAUGACAUAGCUUUGAUUGAAAUGAAAAAACACCCAAGCCGAAAAGAAUGUGUGUUGCCUCAUUCCGUCCCUGCCUGUGUCCCCUGGUCUUCCUAUCUAUUUCAACCUAAUGAUAAAUGCAUCGUUUCUGGCUGGGGUCGAGAAAAAGACAACCAAAAAGUCUAUUCACUUAAGUGGGGUGAAGUUCACCUAAUAGCAAACUGCUCUAAGUUCUACCCAGGUCGCUACUUUGAAAAAGAAAUGGAGUGUGCAGGUACAGAUGAUGGUUCUAUUGAUGCCUGUAAAGGGGACUCUGGAGGCCCCUUAGUCUGUAAGGACGCCAACAAUGUGACUUAUGUUUGGGGUGUUGUGAGUUGGGGUGAAAACUGUGGAAAUUCAGAGUUCCCAGGCGUUUACACAAAAGUGGCCAAUUAUUUUGACUGGAUUAGUCUUCAUGUAGGAAGGUCUCGUAUUUCUCAGCACAAUGUAUAAAAAACUGUGCUCUCUCUCUUCUUUCUACUCUUUUUGUCUCAGGAGUUACAUUUUAAUUGAAAUGAUACUGCAUAAGUAGUACUUCUUCAAGGAAAAAAAUAAAGGCAAUUUUAUUGGACAUUUUUUAAAGGUCUCUACAAAGUUUAUGCCAUUUUGGAAUUCUGUACAAUUCUCAAAUAAAUAUUCUAGUCAAGCAUA